AACGGAUCCGCAUGUGCUUGUCGACUCUACUUCAGUGGGUAGUCGACAGAAGAGGUGCACAGGGUCUGUCAGUGAUGUGUGGAUUUACAAGAAGACAUCACUCAAGAAGCCGUUAACAGACUGAGCAGAAUGUUCAAGGCAGUGUUUGGACAAAAAAAACACAAGGAAGAAAAAACAGCUGGAACGAGGAGGCAGAAACACCUUGGUGGCGGGGUACAUCCUCCCAACACUCUGCAGCUGGGGUGCGAUGGUCAUGCACCGCACCUGGACAGCGGUUACCACGGUAGCCGGGCAAGGUCCAAGCCACUGACCAAGGGGCUGUCCAUUUCUUUACCCUCCUCCCCUCUACUCCCUCGCCAAGACUGCAUAGUUCCAUCCCAUUCGAGCACCAAGUUUCAAGGACGGGUGAGGAAGCUGGACUAUGCGGACGGCUCGUGCGACUCGAGAGGACCUCUCGUCUUCGCCUUGUGCUGUGGCGAGACAGACCACAGAGACCUCCACGUGGAGCCCCAGCUGGGCUCCUCCCUUUCUUCCCAGGAACUGAUGACCAGACUAUGCUUCUUAUUGGGAGACGCAACGCCCAGCAUCGCUAGCUCUCCUAUGGAGGACCGGAGGGAAAAGAAGGGUGAUACUUCCACUCAGGGAGGAAGCCCCAGCUCCACAUUGACCUGCAGCACUGCCUCUCCUUGUUCUGAGAGUCCCUCAUCCACUUUGAGCAGCAGUAAUGUGUGCCAUCCUUUGGCCCUGCCUUCACCUUCACCACACGGUGGCUCCAGCCUCAGCCCUAGCGGGACGCUCUCCAGCCCCGUUCGCAACCCCGCUCAAUUUUCUCCUGCUGGACUCGUCGCUGGGAGCAGCCUCGGCCCACCUCCUCAAAGCCCCACCUCCACCCUGGAGAGCAAGGACAGUGGAAUUAUAGCGACCAUCACGAGUUCUUCUGAGAAUGAGGAGCGGAGCAUCUCGAGUUCAGAUCUGACUGCGGAUGAACACCCAGGGGGCGGUGUUGUCGUCCGGGGCCAGGCAGGCGACGACAACCAUCUUGGGCCCCCACGGAGUAAUCCCACCAUCCAACUUGAGGAGUCAUCAGUGAGAGUUGAUAUUAAGGAGCCCAGGACACCUCCGCCACCCAAGAGACCCCUCCCACAACGUCACAUACACAGCCAUUCCUCCUUGGUCAUGCCCCGUCCAAAUUCUGUGGCAGCAACCUGUUCCACGAGACUAGAGGAUCUGAAUUAUCUGGAGAACCAAGCGGUCGGCGGGCACAGGGGGUCCGUCCGCAAGCUAAACACACCUGGGCGCACAAAUGAGGACUCCAAAGGGAGAUUGGCCCAUUUUAAACAAGCUGACAUCAUGCUGAAGCCGUUGCUGUUUGAAAUUCCCGGCGCCACAACGGAAACGUCUUUCGUGGGCCGGGAUUGGCUCUUCACGCGUCUGGAUGAGGUCUUGAGAAAAACCAGCAACUGCGAGGGAAGAGGGGCCGUCAUCGUGGGCAACGCCGGCUCGGGCAAAACUGCUAUCAUGUGGCGGUUGGUGGCGCUCAGCUGUCAUGGCGUGCACACGCAACAUGGUGGGCCCAGCAUCCCUCACAGCUCGAGCUCCUCUCCCAAAUGCGGGGAAAGGCAGCGAAAAGCCGUCUCCAAACAAGCCGCCGAUUCCCAAAUCAACCAGAGUGCUGUUACAGGAGCGGGCGAUAGCACAGCACAGCUUGCCAGAUGCCUCGCGAACAAGGUGGUCGCUUACCAUUUCUGCCAGGCUGACAACACAUACACCUGCCUGGUCCCAGAAUUUGUUCACAGUGUCGCCGCCCUGCUGGCCAGAUCACCACAGCUCACCCCAUACAGGGAGCUGCUGAUCCAGGAACCUCACCUCCAGAAUAUGCUCAGCCUGCGCUCCUGUGUCCAAGACCCCAUAGCUGCCUUUCGAAAGGGUGUCCUGGAGCCCAUGACCAGCUUGCGCAAGGAGCGAAGGCUGCCUGAAGAAGACUACAUCAUCUUGGUUGACAGUCUCAACGAGGCCGAAUUUCAUAAACCAGACUACGGGGACACCAUCGCCACCUUCAUCACCAAGAUCGUCUCCAAGUUCCCUGUCUGGCUCAAGCUGGUGGUCACAGUGAGGACGGGCCUCUUGGAAAUAACCACCCUGCUCCCGUUCUCCGGCAUCUCGCUGGACAUCCUGCCCGACAGCAGCGACCUGGGAGCUGACCUCAGCGACUACAUCCAUCACCGGGUGAACGGCAGUGCCCAAAUCGCGGCCAACGUCACCACGGCCACAGGCUCCGCCCCCGACCCGCUGCUCCUCAGCAAGUUCAGCAGUCACCUGACCACACGCAGCAAUGGCUCCAUCCUCUACCUGCAGCUGACCCUGGAUCUGUUUCACAAAGGCCAUCUGGCACUAAAAGGGGGAAACUACCUGGUUGUGCCCGUGUCACUAUCGGAGGUGUACCUGCUGAUGUGCCGCGUGAGCUUCCAGGACCAAGACGUCUUUGAGCGAGUGCUUCCGGUGCUAAAUGUGGCCCUGGCGUCGCUGCACCCGCUGACAGAUGAGCAAAUGUUCCGGGCACUCAAUGCGGGCAGCGUGAGGGGUGAGCUGGAAUGGAAGGACUUUCAUCAGAGAUUAGACAGCCUGGCUGGAUUCAUGGUGAGACGCAGAGAUGGCACACGCAUGCUGUGCCAUCCUUCCUUCAGAGAGUGGCUCGUUUGGAGGGCAGAUGGAGAAAGCACCGACUUCCUCUGUGACCCAAGGAGCGGCCACGCUCUCCUGGCGUUCAUGUUCUCCAGACAGGAUGGCAAGCUGAACCGUCAGCAGACCAUGGAACUGGGACACCACAUCCUCAAGGCACACAUUUUCAAGGGUCUGAGUAAAAAAACCGGGGUGUCCUCCACUGUCCUGCAGGCCAUGUGGGUGAACUGCAGCACAGACAGCCUGUCCGCUGCACUCGCAUCACUAAGGAACCUGUACACGCCGAAUAUCAAGGUGAGCCGUCUGCUGAUGCUUGGUGGCGCCAAUGUGAGCUGGUUUACUGAGGUGGUGGGACACGCCCCCAUUCUGGCCGUUCACGCCCACCUGGGACAUGUGGAGAUGGUGGGCCUGUUGAUGGAAAUGGGCGCAGCCGUAGACGUGAGCACGGACAGCGGCGUGACACCCCUGUGCCUGGCGGCAGCCGCGGGACACGCGGAUGUUGUCAGCCUGCUCUGCAAGAAAGGGGCCAAGGUGGGCCAGGCUGAUAAGAAUGGCCAGUGUGCGCUGCUCCACGGUGCGCUGAAGGGCCACACGGAGAUCAUCGGCAUCUUACUGGGACAGGACUGGGGGCCCGAAAACGCCGUUGAUCCACAGCAGCACCAGAUAACCACUGGGAAAAAGCAGGCCGUGCAGCAAGCGGUCACAGCUGCAGCCAGCGUGGGACACACACAGGUGGUAAAGAGCCUGCUGGACUUGGAAGAUGAACAGCUGGCAGUGCAGAUGGACGCUCACGAUUCUCUCUGGGGAGAAACGGUGCUGAGUGCAGCAGCAGGCAGGGGGAGGCUGGAGGUGUGCAUGCUCCUCUUGGACCGAGGGGCAGGGUUGGAGGUGCCAAACCGCAGAGGGAUGGUCCCCCUCCUAAGCGCAGCCAAACACGGACACACACAGGUGGCGGAGUUGCUGCUAAAGCACGACGCGGACAUGAGCGUGUGUGACAAGCAGGGUCGGACGCCGCUCAUGUUGGCUGCCUCCGAGGGCCACGGCAGCACUGUGGAGAUGUUGCUGUCCAAGGGCGCCUCUGUGUCUGCCGCGGAUCAGGAAAGUCUGACUGCAACAGCCUGGGCCUGCAUGAGGGGCCACCGAGGUGUGCUGCAACAUCUGGUGGAUGCUGGGGGGGACCUGAACCAAGCAGACAGACAGGGACGCACUCCCCUCGACCUCGCCGCCCUAAACGGAGAUGCCGAUACAGUACACUUUCUGCUAGAUCACGGCGCAGUGUUAGAGAGGACGGACAGCAACGGAAGCAGGGCAGUAGAGCGGACUCCUGGCUGCCAGAAUCCGGCCCUGGUGGCCUCGCUACUCAAAAAAAGCUUCAAGACCGGCUACAGAACGGCACCGCAUGAUCGAUCAGGUCACGCCACAUGGGCCAUGGCUUCCACCAAACCAGACAUCCUUCUCAUCUUGCUGCAGAAGCUCAUGGAGGAAGGAAACUUGCUUUACAAGAAGGGGCGUAUGAAGGAGGCCGGCCAGCGUUACCAGUACGCUCUGAGAAAAUUGCCUCGGGAGGGCCAAGGAGAAGAGUUAAAAGGGCUCAAGGACCUGCGCGUGUCUCUCUAUCUCAACCUAUCCCGCUGCCGAAGGAAAACCAAUGACUUUGGCAUCGCUGAAGACUUUGCAACAAAAGCUCUGGACCUGAAGCCCAGAUCCUAUGAGGCCUAUUAUGCCAGAGCACGGGCCAAGAGGAGUAGCAGGCAAUUUGCUGAGGCUCUGGCAGACCUCCAUGAAGCAGCACGACUCUGUCCCUCCAAUCGGGAGAUCCGUCGCCUGCUGGUACGAGUGGAGGAGGAGUGCACGCACCAUCAGAGGAUAUCCAGCAGCAGUAAUACGUCACAGAGUCACAACAGGGACCCUCAGAGCCACCACCAUCACACCCCCGAGGGCGAGGCAGACGUGUGUUCACAGGGAAGUCUAGAGAGGCCGAUCCCAGAAGAGCAGUCUCAUAUGCAGCGCGAAGAUGAAGAGGAAGAAGGGGAAGAGUUGAGCCUGCAAUGUGGAAAAGGCUCAGAAUUUUGGCCUCUGAAUCCAUAUGCUCCAAACAGGACUCUCCCAGGAGGUGUGGCCUUUGCGUUAUCUGAUCAGACAGUGUGUUUUCCUCAAGAGGAGUAUGUCCAGAAUCUGCUCUUUAUGGACCUGCCUGACCCGCUUCUUGCUAGCCACAAGCAAUGUCAAAACCAGAGCAGCAGGAAUCAUCACCACUGCCACUCCCUGCAAUCAGGGGCCAGAGUGGGUGGCAGGCCUCUAUCUCUCUGCGGACCCUCCAGUCCUCUGCCAGGGAGACACAUCUCCACCUCCCUGAGGCCUGCACCUUUGUUGGCCCUCGACUCGGAACAUUCCGGGCUCAGCCCCACCGAACACUACCACCCCAUGUCCCCGAGCAGCUCUUCCCCACCAGCUCCCCUUCAAAUGUACCAGCCCCGCUCGUCCGGCUUCUCCAGGGGUUCCGACAGACUCUCGGCACACUCUGUGGCUCUGGACGGCCUGGCACUUGCUCUGGGCUCGGUUGUGGAAGUCAGGAGGGAGGCUGGUGGAGCAGGAACAGCAGGUUCCAGGGGUUCUAGCUCCAGUCAGGCCUCCAGUGGGAACCAGUCAGACAACGGCAAGCAGCAGGUGCUAGACCCCCCAUGUCCACUCAAAAGCAGCGGUAGCUUCAAGUCCAAAGGCGAGAUGAAGCCGCGGCCCUUCAUGGGGGUCAUGGACAAGGCAGUGCGAGUCCAGAGCCAGCAGACCUCAGGUUUUGGGCGACAGGGGCAAGGAGGAGGGGGUGUGGAAAGUUUCAACAUGUCAGUCAUGGAGUUCCAGGGCUUGAACAAUGAGUACAAGCGCUCUUCCUUCCAGGAGACACUCUCUGGAAGUCACGCCAGCAACCAGCAGAGUCGGGACUUCGCAGAGCGACUCCACCAACGAGAGGCAAGAGCCACCAUGUCGUCCCAUCUAAAUUUUCCCGAUGGGAGGCACAGACAGGCGAGUCUGACCAGAGACAACCCAACGCUGCAUAUGGCGCCCAUGAAGCCCAAACGCUCCUUUAUUGAGUCCAAUGUCUAAAUAAUUUGUCCAAGCUGAAAAGAGAAUACAAAAAGUCCCACACAUGGUAGCUACGACGCAAGCCUGUGUUUGACUUCUGCUGCAGCGUCGCAUUUGCAAUCUAGAACCAACCAGUGGUCUGCUUCUGCUUACAUGUUUACAGCUAGCGCGAUAGUGUGUUUAAGGAAACCACACAUACCUUAAGUAGGGUUUUUAGAUAACUAGUACAUUAUCUGAAUGGUAGUCCUUAUAGACCAAUUUGGAAUAUUUGUAUACAAUAGGCACUAAGAUACUUCCGGGUGGCAGAAUGACUACCAGUGACAUGGACUGAAUCAAUGACAAAAAUUCACUGAGUUUUGGGUUGCGCUGGCAGCUAUAACCUAGGUUUUUUUGUUUUUUUUUCCCCAAAUUUGAAAGAAAUUUGCAAUCCAGUGGAGUCUGUAGGUGAAGAGAAUAAGGCAAAUGGAUGUCAUAAAUUGUGUUUCAAAGGGACAGACUGAGGACCACGUCUCCAUCAUCGGGUUUGUGGAAGACAGUAUGUAAAAUAUUUGGUUGCAUUGCAGCGCAAUAUCCAUUCCUCUGUCGUUUGUUCGUGCCAAACUGAGCAAGAGAAAAAUCAAGGUCAAGAGAUUGUAGCCUCCUUACUUAGAUAACUGCGACAUAGGCUAUCUACCAUAGCUUAACAGAUUGUAAGUCAAACAGCAUCACUUGCCAAAAGAAUCAUACAGUGGAAGGCUAGGAUCAUUUAUGAAUUCUGGUAGUAUGUGAGCAUUUGUGAACUUUUUGGGGGACCAGGACACGCAGCAUAUUUUCAUCCACACAGUUUAUCUGCAGUGAAACUUCCUGUAUCACCUUAAAAGAAGAAAAUCAUUAAUUCCUUGAAGUCAUUCACAGUGGAGCCAUGAGAUACUCGUGACUCAGUUUAAGAGUUUUUCAAGGUGUGAGCUGUCUCACUGAUCCUACUUUGACUUGUGAGCGCAGGCUUAAGAUGCGAGUGCCGAAUGGAAGCAGUGACUCAACUUCAUAACCCGAAAUAGUUUGGCAGAUAAAAUUAUGAACAAUUAUUCAGAACAGUGGCUUCAAGCUGUUCAUUGCCACUCCUAAUUGAAGUUUACUGUCAGACAAAACGGUAGUUUAUGUUAUUGCUAACGCUAAAUAGCAUCUAUGCUGUGUUGCUUUACCCCAUUUAAGCAUUGGAAUGAACUCAAAUGGUGCAGAAAAUAAAACAAUGCAGUCAUUCUUUAUCCUCUGUGUAGAACGAUUAAUAUCAGUGCCAUACUUACUGAUGAACUGAGUGAGUUGAGAUGUCGCAUUGAACAGCAUAACCAUCCGUCCUACAUUGCCCCCAGGUGGCCAUGGUGAGCACACCGGGGAGGAGCAGCACAACCACCAUUUAAUUUAUGUAGUGUGACACCAACUGUUUAAAUCUUGUUAACUCUAUUUGUCGAAUGUGUAGAUUUUUAUAAAGUGCGAUAAUAUGGCGUGCUUACUUUUCCUCAUGUAAAACACACAAAAAACAUUACAAGAAUUGAUCUUUUGAGGGAGGGAUGGCUUGAACGGAUCAAUGGCAUUUUCAUUCAUAUAAAAGAGAUAAGAUGAUUUGAGAUAAGCGUGUGGUCAAGGAUUGAAUUGGUCAUAUCUCAAGGCUGCAGUGUACCUUGGUUUCUCAAGAGAAAGCUUCAUCUUUCACCACCCGGAAGAUCGUAUGAUGUCAUGAUGAAUUAUCCUCUAUCAAACAUUAAAGUCUGAGAAAGUUUUGUGCAUGACUCAUAAUACACAUUACGCUAGUUACAGGAUAAGACCAUUUUGAUUGUGUCUUUUAAAAAACAUUUAUAUUUGUAUGAUAUACACUAUAUUUGCAGAUGAUAUAUUUACCUGUAAAUGGCUCUCUUUCAACAUUACAGCCUUUGAACUACAUUUGAUUUUUUUUUU